AUGGGAAACCCGGAUACGCAGUCUCUCUCGUCAGACAGGUCGAUCGCUGGGCAGGUAUCACCUGGCGAGCAGCUGCAGGCAUUGUCGACGCCGGGCGAGGGAAGGCAAGAGGCUGGUCCUGACGUAUUCGAGAGACGAGGCUCGGCCGAGACCGAGAAUGGAGGAGAUGGGCAAGGUGAGGAGGGGUUCGUUCUGUCACGCAGUGUGCAGGAUCCCUCGGAAGAGCUUCCAAUUGAGCUCGUGAGCUUGACAGAUCGAUUUGUCAACUCUCUCAGUGCAAAAGUGCAUAACUCACCUCCAACGAUCGACAAGAUUUCCUCCAUGUUCCAAGUCUUCUACAGCCGCGCAGAAUCCCAUAUUGCCACCCACAUCUCAACACUGGCCUCUCGCAUCAACCGUGAUUCACAGCCCCGACCGCAGAUUAAACCACGAGGGAGUGCGCUGUCGGUGCUUACAAGCAAACGCUCCCAAGAUGACUUCGGGCAAGGGAAUAGUGGCCGUCAAUUACUUACCGCGGAAGAAGUCGCCCAGAGGCGAAAGGCACGCAAAGCCCUUGAAUACAAACGCGCAGCGCUGGAGGAGGCUGCAGAGCGGCGGGUGUGUGAGCAGGUGUACGACAAGAUCUGGAGGCACAGGACAACCCUUGAUGAUGAACGGGAUGAGAAAUUGCGCUCGAAAACGGCAGCAUUGCUGCUCGUCGGAAUUGAUCUGAAGGAUCUGGGUGUAGAAAUCGAUAUGAAUUCAAUUGAGGAAGCGAAAAGACAAGAGGCCAAUGAUUUCCUGGCCCAGGCCCGAGACCACCUUGCGAAGAUGAACGAACCAAAGUAUCCUCUGGGGAAGCUUCAGCAACUGGCCGCCGCUCACAAAGCAAUCGUCGAUGCUCUGACAAAUUUACUUCCAUCCUCCUCGUCAGCAGAUGAGAUUCUGCCGACAUUGAUCUACUGUUUGAUCACCUGCCCACCCGAGGGUAUCGACAUUGUGAGCAAUCUGCUCUUCAUGCAGCGAUUCCGCUCGUCGACCAAGAUUGACGGCGAGACGGCCUAUUGUCUGACCAACCUAGAAGCCGCUAUCAGCUUCUUGGAAAAUGUUGAACUGUCUAGCCUUCGUGCAGAUGAAAUGCAGGAAGGACCCGUCAAAUCCCCUAGUGAAGGCCCUACCCCGUCAUCAGAUCGAGUCGAUCCGUUCCGACCGAAACCUGAACGCACAACGUCGUUGGUGACGCCAGUUUCUGCAGUUUCCGAGAUGGCCAAGCCCGAGUACAAAGAGCCGGUCUCUUCUACUCUCCCUCGCCCUCGCCCCCCUCUUGCCCCUCAACAACGCCGCUUGAGCAACCUUUUCCAACCGCCCGCUCGAGUCUUCGAGGCAGCGAACGAUGCAGUCCGUAACACCGCCGACCAGAGCCUCAAGAAUAUCGGCGCGACUUUAGAUAAUAGCUUCAAUUUCCUCUUUGGCCGACUGAAGGAAAUGCAGACCGCGUCAGGGCCCAACGCCAAUGGUGCCGAGUCACUCCUCCCCAAGACUCUUGCUGAAGCUCGCCGUCUGGUUGAGAAUCCGCCUGCCAAUCCCAAUCUCACGCCGGACGAGAUCGAGUCACUCAACGCACUGUCAAAGGAGGAUACUACCCGCAAUGAUCCGCGUAGCACAGGUCUGACAAGUGGGGGUAGGACGCCCCGUGAACGGAGUGCCGACAGCGCAAGAACACAGGGCAGCGGCAGGAAACCCGGUGUUGCAUCCGUUCGAGAAGAGCAGGCUCAAACGCCAGUGUCAGCCUCGAGUUCCCAUCCUCUCGAUUCGGUGCGAAAUUUCGGCAACACGCUCAAUCCUCUCAACCAUAUCCCCGGUAUGAUCAAAAACUUUGGCCGAGCUACACCCGAGACCCCCGGUCCUCGUGCGCUGUCUCCUGCCGCGAUGGACCGCUUGAGGAUCUCGCCUGCCUCUACAGAUAAAACUGCCAGCCCAACCGUCAUGCCUUUAUCGAUCCAUAUCGAUCCGCCCAUCCAACGAUUGAUUGACAUCAAGGACGCUCGAGACCUUCGUCUCGGGGAUGUGGCCAUUUUGCUUGAAGACUACAAAAGGCUGGCUUCGGCUCUUGCCCGAUUGAACGAGGGAUCUCGCUGA